AUGUCCUCUCCGACGCCUCCGCAGAAUGCAUUGUCUGCAAACAAUCUAUCCGUUCUGGCGCCCAUUGUCACGGAUAGCAUGGUGAGACGCUCAUCGACCAAUGCGAAGGACCGGCUGUCCAUGUACUCCAACGUCUCUGCCUCCCACAAUCGUUCGCGCCCAGGCUCCCACGUGUUCCCCAUCUUCCACUCUAGCCUUCCAUACGCCUUGGUGCGGGACUUCGCCUAUCCUGCAAUCCAUCCUUUGCACUAUGGACCGCCACCCCCGCGCGCCUCGGGAGUUUCAACACCAGUGAGCGAGCACCGACGUUUGUCGGAUCCUCCGACAUCAUUGGAUACUCCGCGAGGCCAGUGGUCGUGGAAUACGGAAGGCAGCCAUGUCAGCCAGGGCCACCAGCAGCUUCCGGCCAUGUCCUUUGGGGACGGCCCUCCAUACAGCGAGGAUGAAGACUUGCACAGUCCGGUCGUCACGUCCCGCAAGAAGGAGGAUGCAAAUGGAAUGCUAGUGGAUGAACAUGGCGUCCCAGACGCCCACGGCAAUGGGAACCGCGGGACAUUUAUCUCGUUGAACCCGGAUGGCAGCGAAACAUAUUAUGUGAAUCAUGGGGAUGCGAUGGAGGAUGGUCCAGGCGGGGAAUAUGUCACGUAUCCACCACGAGAAGGGUACUUUGAUGGAUAUGCCAACCAGCAAAGCUAUGCACACGACCCAAACUUUGAGUCAGAAGAUGAAUACAUAGGCGGAAACCGAUACUCGACCGACUAUCAAUUUGCUGUUGGCUGUCCAGACGAAGAGAUGCAUGGCAAAGCGGUUGCCUUGUUCGAUUUCGCCCGAGAGCACGAGAACGAGCUUCCUCUAACGGAGGGCCAGGUCAUUUACAUCUCGUAUCGACAUGGUCAAGGCUGGCUGGUGGCUGAGGACCCGAAGACCGGAGAAAACGGUCUCGUCCCAGAGGAAUUUGUGCGCCUUUUGCGAGAUAUUGAAGGGGGACUCACUUCAUUGAAUGAGGAGCCAACUCCAGACUCGACGGGCAUUGGCAUCGAUCUGACUCCUGAUUCGACCGAAUCAGACCAAACACGCACACCUACCCAGUCGAUAGCGGAUGAUAACCACUCUACCGACCAUGGCACGAACGGUGAUACUCCGAUUAGCAUCUCGACCGAGGGCGCGGACCAUAGCGUCAAUGCCUCUGGAUCAGGAGCCAGAGACCGGACCAGCAAGGCGGCUGGCAAUGCUGGGAACCGGUCAAGCAUAAUCAGAACCUGA